AUGCUUGCCGGUCUUUUUUAUACGCGCGCGGCAAAGCGGCAGGCAACAGAAACAAAGGAGAAGGGAGAUGAUCUGGAGGGUGAUUGUGCAACCAACGCAAAUAAAAGAGAAGUUCCAUUUUUUUUGCCGCAGCACUCCGUUGUUGCAAAUGACUUCCCUUCAGCCAGUGAUUUGGGAACUCCGGAUCCGCGUCAGAGGAGGCAUUCAGAUGAGUUUAUUUCUUCCGCAGAUAUUUUUGGGAUUGGUGAGCCCUCAGCUGUGCUCGCUGCAAACGAAAAUUACAUAAGACGACCCAUUUUAGAUGAAAAAGCCUCUUUGGAGAAAAUUAAACCGGUAUUACUUGGCUGGCUAGUGAGAAAGCGUUUGAGGAGUCUCUUAGGCCGUGCCUUGGUAGCGCAAAUUGUUGGAAUGAAAAAUUCCAAUGGUGUCGAAAAUAAAUUGGGCAGUUUAAUAGAGCAUAAAGAGUCUCAAAGAACCCAAUGUAUCUCACGUCUUGUUUCUUUUUUAGUAAACGGUGUAAUUACCAACAAGGAUGGAUAUUGGCAAAAGAAAAUUGACAAGACAUCUACAAAUGUGCCAACAGGAUCAGGGCGUCGAGCUCAAAAAAAGUCUGGAGAGGCUGGGAUAAAUCGUCAGUUAAUAAUUCAAUUGUAUUCAUCAGACGAAAACAAAAAAACUGAGGAAGAGUUACUUGGCUCUUUACAAGAGGCGGUAGGGAUGAAAAAUAUUCAUAGAGACAAACUGUUGAGAGAUAUUACACCCGUUUUUUUAUUUGAGAGAAGAUCAGCAUUUCUUCGCACUAUUUUUGCUUUAGAAGAUUUCGAGGAACGUUUUCCACAAGUUCCGCGGUUGACAGUAGGAGAUGGACAGAAUAUGCUGAGUUCUGAUCGUUCUUUCAUUUCUACGUUUGGAGGUGAAUACUUUCAGCUUAUAGACAAUGUGAAUCACAUUUGUGGUAAUUUACGUUAG